AUGCAACUCUGGAAGAUAUCUACCCUAGUUUUAUUGGCAGCCAAGAGUAUCUACGGUCAAGAUGAACAAGUAUAUGACUAUAUUAUCGCUGGUGGUGGUGUAUCUGGCCUCACUGUAGCUAGUCGAUUAAGUGACAAUCCUAAUGUCCGUGUGUUAGUGAUUGAAGCAGGACCUAUAGUAGAGGACGAUUUUUCGAUUUAUGCACCUGCCAUGUACGGUAAAGUGAUUGGGUCUGAUCUCUGCCCAUACCUUCCUACUGUUCCGCAACAGCAUAUGGAAAACCGAACGAUGCAGAUCCCAGCUGCCCAAUUGAUGGGCGGUACAAGUGCAUUCAAUGGUUUAGUUUGGGCUCGUGCCAAUCUAAAGGACUAUGAUGCUUGGGAGGAACUUGGUAACCCUGGGUGGAACGGUGCACAGCUAUUUGAAUACUUUAAGCGCGCCGAAAGAUUCAAUUCACCUACCGAGGAUCAAAUUCGGUAUGGUGCUCGUUACCAACCAGAUCUUCAUGGAACGAAUGGACGACUACACGUGAGUUUCACCAACUACGAACUCCCUCAAUCGGGUAAAUGGAACAUUUCGAUGGACGAAUUAGGGUUUGAAGUCUCUCCUGACCUGAUGAAUGGCACAAUCCAUGGUUUUUAUGCAACGGUACCCAACACACUCAAUCCAAGAACGAUGCGUCGAGAGGAUGCAUAUGAAGGAUAUAUUGCACCGUUCAAAGGAAGAGACAAUUUGUCCAUUAUGGCAAAUCAGACAGUAAGUCGUGUAUUAUUAGAAAAGAACAACGCGACAGGCAAAUUAGUAGCAGUGGGUGUAGAAUAUGUUCCAACGAAUGGAGAUCAAAGCCAUAAAACGAUCAUAAAGGCGCGACGAGAGGUCAUUCUAUCAUCUGGUACGUUUGGUUCUGCCAAACUAUUACAACUCUCAGGCAUUGGACCCAAAGAGGUACUUGAACGAGCAGGAGUAGAUAUCUUGUUGGAUCUACCUGGUGUUGGAUCCAAUCUGCAAGAUCACGUCCAUGGGGUGGCUGUGUCUUAUACAAACAUCAGAGGUUACACAACCGAUAGCGUCUCCAUAAACCAAACAUUGGCUGAAGAGCAGAAAAAGGUAUACGAAGAAAACAAGACGGGGCUCUGGACAGUAGCUCCCAAUAAUCUUGCCUACCAUUCAGUCCAGCAGCUAUUCAAAGAUACAUGGUUACAAUCUGGAAAACGUAUGGCAUCCCUUAUUCUCAAUUCAACCGAAACAUGGGCGGAUUAUUACGCAAAGAUAGGUGCAUGUCAUCCAGAACUGCUCAGACGACAGUACGAGAUCAUUGCAUCUCGUUAUCAACAAGAACAUGUUGCGCCUAUUGAAAUUAAUUUUUCACCUGGUUAUGGUGGUAUGAAAGAAGAUAUUGAUCUUGAACAUCACAAGUAUCAGACAGUGAAUCAUAUUCUCUAUGUUCCUCUCAGUCGAGGUUAUUUCCAUAUUCAGUCCACAGACAUUCAAGACAAUGGAGUGAUCGACCCUCAGUAUUAUUCUCAUCCACUCGAUUUGGAUAUUCACCUCAUCUCUGCUCGAUAUGGUCAACGUAUCCUUACAUCUCGUGGACUGGGAGAUAUCAAUCAAGGUAAUAUUGAACCUAAAAAUGGAAAGAGUGAUGAAGAAUUGAAAAAAUGGUUGAUACACAAUGUUCGUUCUGAUUGGCAUCCUGUUGGUACAUGUUCAAUGUUGCCUAGACAACUAAAUGGAGUGGUUGACAGUGAAUUGAGAGUGUAUGGAACAAGUCAUCUAAGAGUAGUAGAUGCAUCUAUUAUUCCAUUGCAUAUUUCUACGCACAUUAUGCAAACCGUGUAUGGCAUAGCUGAAAAGGCAGCUGACUUAAUUAUGUAAAUAUUUAUGAUUGAUCUGCAAACCAUCAAAGAAAAAAAAAGAUGUUGAAACGUGUUUAGAUUUUUAAAUAAGUUUAAAUUUAAAUUACACAAAAAGGGAUGAAACAGAUACAUCUUUUUUUCUUUUUUCUUUUUAUU